AUGGCCGCCCGCUUCCCCCGCGCCAAGUCCCCCUUGCUGGAGCGCCCGCUGGGCCGCCCCCGCUGCGACGUGGCCCUGGCCGCCUUCGCCCUCCUCUUCGCCGAGCUGGUCCAGUACUGCCAGGGCCGCGUGCGCUCCGUGGCCGAGCUCCAGGCCCGCCUGGCCCAGCUGGGCCGCCACGUGGGCCUCCGCCUCCUCGACGCCCUGGUGAGCCGCGAGCGGGGCCUCCGCCGCGACACCAAGCUCCUGGGCGCCCUCCUCUUCCUCAAAGGGCCCGCCUGGCGGGCCAUCUUCGGGAAGGAGGCCGACAAGCUGGAGCAGGCCAACGACGACGAGAGGACCUUCUACAUCAUCGAGCGGGAGGCGCUGGUCAACGCGUUCAUCUCGGUGCCCCGCGACCGCCGCAGCCUCAACUGCGCCGCCUUCGCCGGCGGCCUCGCCGAGGCCCUGCUGGAGGCCGGCGGCUUCCCGGCCGCCGUCACCGCCCACUGGCACAAGGGCACCACCCUCAUGAUCCGCUUCGAGGAGGCCGUGGUGGCCCGCGACAAGGGCCUCGAGGGGCGCUGAGCGCGGGGGCCCGGCCUCCGCCGCGAGGGCCGCCGUCGCCAUGUGGGUCCUUCUCGCGGGCUUUGGCCUCCGCGCGGUUCCGCCUGGUGGUCCUCGGCCUCCGUGUGGUUCCUCUUGGUGGGUCUUGACCUCCAUAUGGUCCCUCAUGGUGGUCCUUGACCUCCCUAUGGUUCCGCCUCGUGGGCCUUGACCUCCAUGUGGUUCUUCCUGGUGGGUCUUGACCUCCAUGUGGUUCCUCCUCAUGGCCCUUGACCUCCAUAUUGUCCUUCCUGGUGGUCCUUGACCUCCCUAUGGUUCCGCCUCGUGGUCCUUGGCCUCCAUGUGGUUCCUCCUGGUGGGUCUUGACCUCCAUGUGGUUCUUCUUGGUGGCCCUUGACCUCCAUAUCGUCCUCCCUGGUGGCCCUUCACCUCCCUAUGGUCCCUCCUGAUGGUCCUUGAUCUCCAUAUUGCUCCUCCUGGUGGCCCUUGACCUCCCUGUGGACCCUCCCCAUGGCCCUUGACCUCCAUGUCGUUCUUCUUGGUGGCCCUUGGUCUCCAUAUGGUCCUUCCUGGUGAUCCUUGACCUCUGUAUUGCUCCUCCUCAUGGCCCUUGACCUCCAUAUUGUCCUUCCUGGUGGUCCUUGGCCUCCCUAUGGUUCCUCCUCAUGGCCCUUGACCUCCAUGUGGUUCCUCCUGGUGGGUCUUGACCUCCAUAUGGUCCCCCAUGGUGGCCCUUGACCUCCAUAUGAUCCCUCCUGGUGGCCCUUGGCCUCCAUAUUGCUCUUUCUGGUGGCCCUUGACCUCCAUGCGGUUCCUCCUGGUGGGUCUUGACCUCCAUAUGGKCCUUCCUGGUGGAUCUUGGCCUCCCUUGUGGUCCCUCUUGAUGGCCCUUGACCUCCAUGUGGCUCCUCUUGGUGGUCCUUGACCUCCAUGUGGUCCCUCCUCAUGGCCCUUGACCUCCAUAUUGUCCCCGUUGAUGCCCUUGACCUCCAUGCUGUCCUUCCUGGUGGCCCUUGAUCCCCAUAUUGUCCUUCACGGUGGCCCUUGAUCUCCAUGUGGUUCCUCACAUUGGUCCUUGACCUCCAUGUGGUCCUUCCUGGUGGCCCUGGGCCUCCACAUUGUCCUUCCUGGUGGCCCUGGACCUCCAUGUGGUCCCUCCUGGUGGCCCUGGGCCUCCCUUGGGGACACCGGGUGGCCGCUGUCCCCCUCCGUUGCCCCCCCGCCCCUCGCGGUGGCCUCGUGGUCACCUGGGCCCGUCGUUGUCCCCAUAAAGCUCCUUUGCA